AUGUCUAAUCCAUCACAAAUAUCUAACGAACCUUAUCGUGAGUUAGGAGAAUUGCGUGGUUCUGAAUUAAAUGUUAAUUCAGAAAGCACAUCAAGAUGUAAUAGAAAUUUUGGAAAUUGUGUAGAGCGUUCGAUGGAACUUUCUUCUGUUGUAGUUAUCCCUGAUGAUACAUUUACUGUAAUCCAAGCUAUCAAUACAUUAGGAUUUGGAAAAUUUCAAGUUAAACUAUCUUUAUUUACGGGCCUCUGUUGGAUGGUAGAUAGUAUGGAAAUAACAAUAUUAAGUAUUUUAAGUCCAUCUUUACAUUGUGACUGGGGUAUAACUAGAUAUCAGCAAGCUUUAACAACUACGGUUGUUUUUCUAGGUAUGAUGCUAAGUUCUACAUUUUGGAGUAAUUUAAGUGACAGAUAUGGUAGUAAACAGUCAUUAACUUUAUGUGCAAUAUUGCUACUUUAUUAUGCCUUCCUGAGUGCCUUUGCACCAAAUUUUCUGUGGAUUUUAUUACUUAGAGGAUUAGUUGGCUUUGCUAUUGGUUGUGUGCCACAAUCAGUAACAUUGUAUGCAGAAUUCCUUCCAGCAAAACAAAGAGCAAAAUGUGUCAUUUUAUUGGAUUGCUUUUGGGCACUUGGAGCUUGUUUUGAAGUUGCAAUAGCUUUAGUAAUAAUGCCAACUUUUGGUUGGAGAUGGCUUCUUAUUUUAUCAACUGUACCACUUCUUGUAUUUGCUAUAAUCACUCCAUGGCUGCCAGAAUCUACAAUAUUUGAUAUGGCAAGUGGAAGAAUGGACAAAGCUGUUUCAACUUUAGAACGAGUAGCAAGAGAAAAUAAGAAACCUUUACCUCCAGGAAGAUUAGUUAUGGAUCGAUUUUACCAAGUUAACCAUGGCAAAUUGAAGGAUGUAUUGAGUAAAGAAAUGUGCAGGACAUCUACCUUGCUUUGGCUUGUUUGGAUGAGUACAGCAUUUUGUUAUUAUGGUGUUGUACUAAUGACUACAGAACUAUUUCAUACAUCAUCAGAACAAUGUAGCUCUUGGGAAAAUAAAAAAGAAGAUGUUUGUCAACUACAUUGUCGUUUAGAACGUAGUGAUUAUAUUGAUCUUCUUUGGACAACGUUAGCCGAAUUUCCAGGAAUUUUCUCUACUAUUUUUGCAAUUGAAAAAAUUGGCAGGAGGAAAACAAUGGCUUUUCAACUAGUAAUGUUCGCCAUAUUAAUUUGUUUCUUAGGCAGAGCUUGCCUAUUAAACAGAGUAACGUUGACUCUCGCAAUUUUUCUAGCUAGAGGUUUAAUUGCUGGUGUCUUUCAAGCAGCUUAUGUGUAUACCCCUGAAGUAUAUCCGACGCAUUUACGUAGUGUUGGUGUUAGCACUUGUAGUGCAAUGGCUAGAAUUGGUGCAAUGGUCACACCGUACAUAGCACAAGUAUUUCUUCAAUGGUCUAUUACUGGAGCAAUGGCAAUUUAUGCUAUAACAGCAUUAUGCGCUGCUGCAGCUACUCUUGCUUUACCGGUUGAAUCAAAAAGUCACACAUCAAAUGAUUCGUCCUAA